AUGACGGGUACACGCUCUAAAAAUAAUACCAGUGAAUGUGUCAUGAUGAGUGCAGCUGAUCUAGAAAAACUAAUGACGAAAGUGGUGACUGAAUCAGUCGAGGGAUUAAUACAUAAGAUUUCGACACUGGAAGAUGAAAUUCAGCAACUCAGAGAUCAAUUGGCACAAAAAUCUGUGAUUCAUUCAACCAAUGAAUCCAGGGCAGAAUUGGAACCCAGGAAUACAAGCAGUGACAUUGAGGAGGAAAUCGAAAAUAAUCUCAACUCGUCAACGGAUACUGUUGUCAAUGCCAAGGUGAGUGACAAAAAGAAGACUCGCCCAAAAAAGAAGGUGCCGCAGGUAACUAAUCAAGUUCAAAACAAACAUAAGACGAUAAGAGGCUGUAACGAAUCGGAUACAUUUUCUGCGGUGGUUUCUCGGGCAUGGGUAUAUGUAGGCAGAGCUCGCAAAACCACCACUUGUGACGAAGUUCGAAAGUUCCUUGAAGGAAAAUAUAAUGACCAAAAUUUUGUGGUAGAAGCCCUACCGAGUAAUGAAAACGCCAUAAGUGCUUCAUUCAAGUCGAUCAGGAAUAAAAUUGACGAAUUAGAAGUGAUGCUAAAUGAUGGAAACGAGAGUUACGGGAUUAUUGGCCUAAGUGAACACUGGCUCUUACCAUAUGAAAGUGACGAGUUAGCCAUUGCUAACUACAGAGUGAGUGCUCAUUUCUCUAGAGCCAAAGGAUAUGGUGGUUCAAUGCUUUUGACGCGGAACAAUAUUGACUUCCAAAAGGUAGCCGACAUAGACAAGCUUUCUGUAGAAAAAGUGUGUGAAGUGUCAGCCAUCAGUGUACCUUCGCUGAAUGUGGUGGUUGUAUCAGUCUACAGAAGUCCAUCUAGUGAUUUCCAACUAUUCCUGUGCACUUUCUGUGAUAUAGUUAAUCAAAUUAGAUCAAAGGAUGUUAAUGUAGUUAUUGGAGGAGACUUUAAUGUUGCUUUCUCCCCUUUAGAUAAAAACGGGUCUGAUUUGUGUAAUAUAAUGUUAAGUUUCGGGCUAUAUUCUACUGUUACUUUUCCCACGCGUCAUAAAAGAUGUAUCGAUAAUGUAUUCACCAACUUAGAUUUGGAUAUAUACGACGUAACUCCAUUCAUUUCCUGUAUGUCAGACCACACUGGGAUAGUCUUUACCUUAAAAAAUAUAACACGUGCCAACAACCAGCUGCAUAAUAAGAACAUUCGACUUGUACAACCGAUCUCUAAUAAAGGUAAAUUCAUAUUUUUUAAGAAAUUAGAAUCAGUUGAUUGGUCUUUUGUCGAAUAUAAUGACAUAGGUAUAGAGAAUAACUUCAGAAUCUUUAUUGAAACCAUCCAACAUUUCAUCAACAGCUCUUUUCCAAAAAUCAAACCCAGCAGUGGGAAUCCAAAACAAUCUAGAAUCAGAUGGUUCAAUAAAGACUUAGUUAAGAUGAGAGAUACUUUAACAUUUCUAGAUAGUUUUUACAAAUGUACCAUGCGUGAUGAAUGCAGGAUUUAUAGAAAUAUGUACAGGAACAAAUAUCGCAAAGAACUACAUAUAGCGAAGCAAAAAGCUAACUGUGAUUACAUUAAAAGGGCGGGCAAUAAGAUGAAGGCGAUGUGGGAUGUUAUAAAUUCAAAAAGACCUAAAACAUCUAAAGCUAGACUGAAUUCAAAUCUAGCUGCCAAUGAUCUAAAUGACUUUUUCGUCAAUAUCCCAGUUGCGCUCAUCAAUAAGCUGCCGCCUGCAUCCUAUGAUCCACUUAAUUUUUGUUUAAAUGUUAAUGGAAAUAAUGUUGACUAUUUCCAUUUUGCUGAGGUAUCUACGUGCCACGUUAGGGACAUCAUUAAUAACAUGAAAUCCAGUCGAGCUAGGGACGUUUAUGGUAUGAGUGCUGACUUGAUAAAGAGCGUGAAAGAAAUUUUAAUUAAUCCGCUAACGAAACUAAUCAAUAGGUGCAUAGUACAAAAUGCAUUUCCUGAAUGUUUAAAAAAGACAGUUGUCAUUCCUGUUUUUAAAAAAGGGGACGCUUCGGAUCCAAAUAACUACAGACCCAUUUCAUUGGUUCCCAUAUUUUCAAAAAUAUUGGAAAAAGUACUAGCUCUUCAAUUGAUAGAACAUUUCAAGCGUCACAAUUUGCUAUGUAAGCAACAAUUUGGGUUUAGAAAAGAAAAAAGCACGUUAGAUGCCAUGCUAUUUUUAUUGGACAACAUCAUAGAAGCUUAUAACAAUGACGAAUACUUGCUAGCUAGCUUCCUUGACUUAUCAAAGGCGUUCGACUGUGUUAAUCACAGUACGCUAAUUCGAAAAUUAUAUGUUUAUAAUAUCCAUCCUUCAGCCAUUAGUAUCAUAACAUCUUUUCUUAAAAAUCGUUCCCAACGAGUCACUACUGAAAAUUCUGAUUCUGAUUUUUUACCAAUAAAUAGUGGGGUGCCUCAAGGGUCUAUCCUAGGUCCAUUCUUAUUUCUAGUUUUUGUGAAUGAUUUGCCUGCUUCUUUGAACAACGAAGGGACCGUACUAUUCGCGGAUGAUACGACCAUUACCAACAGAGGAAAUGACAUCAAAGAUGUGGUACAGAACAAUAUUUCAACUCAGAGAUUGGCCUUUGAUUGGCUUCAUAGCAAUGGACUGGCUAUAAAUCAAAGCAAGUGUGUGCAAAUUAUGUUUACUCUCAAACAUGUUCCUGAUGCAAGCUUGCUGAACAUGAAAAUAUACGAAUUCACCAAUUUUCUCGGGGUCACCUUUGACUGUCAACUGUUAUGGAAACAACAUGGUGCCCAACUGUGUAAUAAGUUAUGUAAGAAUACUUUUAUCAUUCGCAAUUUGGUAAAUUCAGUGGACGAGGGAACUAUACGUUCAUCUUACAUGGCAUUAUUUCAAUCGCACUUGCUGUAUGGCUUGUUACUUUGGGGGCACGCGAGUAUUCGUCAUGAAGUGUUUGCGCUCCAGAGACGUGUAGUUCGAAUAAUGUGUGGUCUCAGAUUCAGGGAUGAUUGCAGAGAUGCAUUUAAAAAACUCAAAAUCAUGACGUUGCCUAGUUUAUUUAUUUAUCAAUGUCUUUUGUACAUUAGAAAACACAUCAAAGAGUUCAAUGCUCACACUGAUAUCCAUCACCAUGAUACAAGGAACAAAGAUAAAAUUUAUUUGGAAGCCGCGAGAUUAACAAGGACACAGGUGGCACAUAAAUACCAUGCAGUUCACUUCUAUAAUGUGUUACCUACUAAGUAUAAAAAUCUGGACUUAAAUAAAUUUAAAUUCUUUACUAAAGAUUUGCUGUGCAAUGGAGCCUUCUACUCUUUUGAGGAAUUUUUUAGCUAUUUCAGUAUGUAA